AUGCCAUUAGUUGUCCAAGAACAAGGUUCAUUCCAACACAUUUUACGUUUGUUAAACACCAACAUUGAUGGUAGAAUCAAGAUCAUGUACGCCUUGACCAAGAUCAGAGGUGUCGGUAGAAGAUAUGCCAACUUGGUUUGUAAAAAAGCCGAUGUUGAAUUAACCAAAAGAGCUGGUGAAUUGACCCAAGAAGAAUUGGAAAGAAUUGUCACCAUUAUGCAAAACCCAACCAACUAUAAAAUCCCAGCUUGGUUCUUGAACAGACAAAAAGAUCAAGUUGAUGGUAAAGAUUACCAUGUUUUAGCUAACAACUUGGAAUCUAAAUUGAGAGAUGAUUUGGAAAGAUUGAAGAAAAUCAGAUCUCACAGAGGUAUUAGACACUUCUGGGGAUUGAAAGUUAGAGGUCAACAUACUAAAACUACUUCUCGUGGUCGUUAA